CUUUAAACCGGAAGUGUAGUUUUCCUUUUGACAGUGUAGAGAGUUCCUUUUCCGGUUGCCAUUUUAUCAUUAAGAACACGAAAUGGCGAUUCGUCACGAGAUGUGUAUAGGCCUCCAGAAGGGUCACAAAGUGACCAAAAUCGAGACUGGACGAAAAACAAGGCCAACCCGCAGGAAGGGAGCACAGACUGCCCAUGUGCGUCGUGUUCGUGACCUUAUCCGUGAGGUGACUGGUUUCGCUCCAUAUGAGAGGAGGAUGCAGGAGUUACUGAGGAUCUCCAAGGAUAAGAGAGCCCUCAAGUUUGCCAAGCGAAGGCUUGGUGCCCAUGUUAGAGGUAAAAGGAAGAGGGAAGAAAUGCAAAAUAUCUUACAGAAGAUCAGAAAGGCACAGCAACAGAAGCAGUAAACUUGCUUGUAUAUAUUAAAUUCAAAAAAAUCCUCACAAA